AGAUUUGCUCCAGGACUUAACACACUUCGAUAGCCCCCCCCCCCCUCUUUACCAUGGCUAUUCAUUCAUUUACUAACUGAAGGUCUUACUCGUGUAAUCCCUGUGUAAUUAAUGUAAUCAUCAACCCGUUAACCACCCAGCGCUUGAUGCAGUAGGGACUAUGUUGCUCUAGGUGACAAUUUUUACAGCUGUCGAGUGUGUCAUUGUAUAUUGUGGAUGUACAAGAGAGAUAAGAGCUUUCGAUGGUUUUAAGUUAAAACGCUCGAAUCCGGAAUUGUUAUUUCUUAAGCAAGAUUUCUCAGAAGUUAAGAAGGAAAAAAAAUGAAACUCUCGAAGAAAGGAUCCGAAGAUACCUCACAAAUAAGCAUUCAUAAGGGCGGUGGAGUGAAACAAAGUAUGGAGAAAUCAGAUGUUUGUCUUCAGUUGAUUCCAUGUUCUUAUACGACAAGCAAGGAUCAUUCUGAGGCUGAACUUUGUUCCCCGAAUAAGGUGUUGUCCAUAACAACCCAAAAACUGGUUGCAGUUAUAGUGGGUGUCGGGCUGGUCCUGAGCAAUGUCCACUUACAGAUGAGGGUCAGUGAUUUGGAGGAUAUGGUCGCCAGAUUGAAGGCUGGGCAUAGUAUUUGUCAUGAACAGGUUAGUCUGAAAACGUUUCUUUUUGUUUAUGCACUAUUGGGGGUGGGUGGAAGGUGAGGGGGGCUAUGGCUACAAAAGUUCACCGACCUCCCACUACCCCCACCGCUAUUGAGCAUAAUUUUCAAAAAUGGAUGUCGAAAUUGGACAUUAACAUCCGGUCGAGGUCUGAUUAUUCUGAGACAAUACCUGGCGCGUUCCAGUCUAAGUACGUGCCCCACCCCCCACCCCCCAAUGUAUCUUCUCCUUUUUAAAUUAUAAAUUACCCUCAAUCAAUGGGGUGAAUUCAUUUAAAUUUUGCGUGGAAGUGACCUCAUCUCCCCCCCCCCCCCAUUUUUUGGGGCGCUAUCAAUAAAAUUUAAAAAAACAAAACAAAUAGAAUCAAACUUAAGAGAGCUCUUGCUUCUGACUAUCUCAUCCAAUGAACCAGUAUUUCCUUCAUAAGAACAACAAUCGGUUUGUUAAAAAAACAUUUCACAAAAGAACUUCUCAUCCCGUUCUAGAAAUCUCAAACAGCAGAACAAGACCACAGAGCCACGGCCGGACCACAUCUGAGCCAGGGCGACCGUGACGUUCUGGCACCUGACGAGACAGCUUCCGGGCAUGGGCGAGUCAGUCGCCGAAAGAGGUCAGCGACGAAAUGCGACGGACUUGGUAUGCGUGACCUGUUACAAGACUAUUGCAAAUUUGGGGCGGGCCCAGCGAAAUUGAAGGCGGUGAGUUAAUCAGCUUAAUAAGCCCUAAAGCUUUGCACAUUUCGUGGAGGGUUCAGUUUGAACAAAACAUACAAUUUUUUUUUUAUUCUUAAUAUAUACACUUUACGUACAUAAAUGCACAUUUACAUACAAUGGAAUAAUUUUCAUACAAGGAUAAAUAUGUGUACGUUUUUCACACAACCACCCCCCUUUCUUUUUUUUUUUCCACUUUCAUAUUUCUGUUAUUUUCAAGUGACACCUAACACUUUGUGAGGCGAUCUCCGAGGUGUCAUGACCGACAAUUUUGAGAAACACUGCCCGAACCCAUAAACUUUACAAAAAUACAUCAUGAUUUUUUUUAAUAUAUACAAAUUUAACAUCAUAAAAACAAUACGUCCUGACUUAUCAUGCAUGAUGAGAUCACAUAAAUACAUACAUUUCUUAGAUUGCUUGCAUAUAUACUCAAAUCAUAGCGUAGCCGUCAAGCACCGGAGUUGCAGAUUACAAAUCAGAAUCUGCUCAUAGAUGAAUGCGGUGUUUUUGACAUGGCGCCAACGCUUUGUAUCUGAUGUAUGUUAAGAAAAAAUGUCAACAAUCAAUAGAGAAAUAUUAUUGAAUAUUAUUCUGAGUCAAGUUGGCUUUCGUGGAAUUUAUCAACAAAACUUCAGUGCAUCGAAAAGGCUGUAACUUCUUGGUAAACCAUUCGUCUUAAUACUAAAUAUUUCUUCUAAUGGAGAUUGGAAUUUAAUUGAUUAUAGAUAUGUGACUCACUAUCACCAUUAUUUAAAUUAGCGGUUCUCAACCUUUGGCUCAUGACCCUUUUGGGAGUCGAACGACCCUUACACAGGGGUCGACCAAGACCAUCGGAAAACACAUAUUUAUGAAGUUGAAACAAAAAGAAUUUUAUGGUUGGGGGGUCACCACAACAUAUGGAACUGUAUUAAAAGGUCGCGGCAUUAGGUAGUUUGAGAACCGAUGAUUUAUAUCAUUAAAAAAGUAUAAUUGUUAAUAAUUUAAUUAAUUUCAAUAAAGGGAUCAUUGGAUGUUGCCCAGUUUGAAGCUGUCUUUGACGAGGAUACUUUCAAAAGACUUAAGGGAAGUAAGUCUCUUGCACCUGAAGGGGGCCUCGGAUAUCUUAGGGGGCCACGAAUAUCUCAGUAGCUCUCAGAUGUCUAAGGGGGCCUCGGAUAUCUAAGGGGGCCUCGGAUAUCUAAGGGGGCCUCGGAUAUCUAAGGGGGCCUCGGAUAUCUUAGGGGCCACGAAUAUCUCAGUAGCCCUCAGAUGUCUAAGGGGGCCUCGGAUAUCUAAGGGGGCCUCGGAUAUCUAAGGGGGCCUCGGAUAUCUAAGGGGGCCUCGGAUAUCUAAGGGGCCCUCGGAUAUCUAAGGGGCCCUCGGAUAUCUAAGGGGCCCUCGGAUAUCUAAAGGGCCCAAAGUUUAGAUGCGGAAAAAAAAUUAUUGAAUUGCAAAUUAUAGCUAGAUAACAAAAAAUGGAAGAGGUAUUCCCCCCCCCCUUCCUCCUGCCCCCCCCCCCAAAAAAAAAAGAAAGGUCACCCAACGGCUCUGUAAAUUUGGUUUAACAUUUUCUGGAUUGGAAUGUGUCAUACUGUGUUCUUAUAAAAGAUUUCAAUGGCAUUUCUUACAAUGACUUUUAUAUGUGGGUCUACAGUCUUCUUUGUGAUAAAUACAUAUUUUAGAUUAUAAUAUUAUUACAGGUAACAUGUAUGAAAACAAAAAAGUAAAAUAUAUUUUCUAAUUUACAAUUGUUUUUGAAACAUAUAAAAUAUGGACCAAUUUUUAAAAAAAAAAAACAUUAAUUUCUAGGAAUCUGAAUUGAUAACUUUUUUUUUCUAAGAGAUUUUUAAGACCAGGUUCUAAAUUCAAAUAAAUAAAAUGUCUCCACCGUUUUAGCGUCAUGUAUUCAUGUAUAGUUUUCUACAUAUUUGGUUUAAAUAUUUUUUAUUUAUCAUCUGUACUAAACACAUCCCAGAUAUAUACCUUUUCAUACAUUACACAACUAUAAUCAGCAGAUGUUAAAUAAUCUAAUUGCAUCAUAAACCACUAUAUAAGAGUACAAGCGUGCAAUUAAUCUGAGUAAAUGACGGAUUGUAUUAAUCUCCUUUUGACACUGACUUUUCUCUUCCACAGAAGAGAAAUGCGUCCACAUUCCUUCCGAUAAAGUGUUAUGCGCUGGUGGCAAGGUGACAUAUAUCAAUAAAGGUGAUCAGCGCCAGUAAUAAUUUAUUAAAGAAAAAAUUCCGGAUUUAAUUAAGUGAAUACAUGCAUACAGUGAUAGUUAGUUUUUAAAGUUUCUAAAUAUUCUAUUCUUGAUUGAAUGCUCGUUUCCAUUUUAAAUAUUGUUCUUAUUUUCAUUUCCUGGUUUAUCUAUAUAAUUGAUUUUUAUUUUUCCUUUCAAUAUAUUUUUUUGUAAAUGCUUGAAGUUCAAGAAUAUCCAUUGGCUUAUACUUUGUCUUGACACACGCACACAAUUUCUUAAGCUCGCAUUGUUCUCGGAAAUUAGCGAAUCAAAGUAUCGGAAAACUUUUUUAUAGACUCAACAAAACAACGAACGCGUCGGCAAGAAGCCUUCGUCAGCGAACAAACAAAUGUAAAAACAAUAUUUAAAAAAACUGAACACUUAUCUGCAAUGUAGUAUCCGACAGAACAGCGAGGGGAAUGUGGGUUGCUCUGGCUGUCCUCUCGGAUACUAAAUUGCACUGUUUGUUCCCUCGAUGGAGGCUUCGUAGAAUGUGUUCUUAUUUCUAAUCUUUAAAGCUUAUUUACUGGUAAAUACUUUGCUUUUCUGAGUGGUAUAGAUUUCUUAAUUUUAGACACUGGCUCAAUUAAAACUGAGUGUAUAUUUCUACCCCUUUAAAGCUUGUUCACUGUAAUUUUUCGAUUAUCUAAAAGUAUCGCGUCUAGACGUCUAUUCAGACAAAGAACUUGACAACAGCAAAAUUGCCAAGAUGAAAGAGGGACAUACUUUUGUCAUCCAGACAGCUGGUGUCUACUUGAUCAGUUUGAACGUGAGAGCUUUUUUUUUUAAAGCAAUCUUUGUUAAAAAAAUUGAAUUCUCUUUUUUUUUUUCUUUUUUUUUUUUUUGUUAAUAUUUGAAAUGCAGGAUGCGACAAAAGUGACUACAAAAAAAGUGAGAAAAUUAUUACAUUUUUUUCAUUGGAAAUUUUAUUUUUUUUUUUUUUUUUAUUAUUUUUUUUUAAAAAAAUUGAAUUUUCUUUUUUUUUUUUCUUUUUUUUUUUUGUGUUAAUAUUUGAAAUGCAGGAUGCGACAAAAGUGACUACACAAAAAGUGAGAAAAUUAUUACAUUGUUUUCAUUGGAAUAUUUAUUUUCGCGAAAGAAACUAAAAUACAAUUUAUCAUCGUGAGGGUUUAAAAAAACAAACAUUUAUUUGAUAUUGUUAUUUAACGCUGUUAUAAAUAUUCCCGUGAGCAGAUUCCAACCUACAGCCAUGAUUGGCCAACUUGUAGGCCUUAAAAAACGAUGCAUUAGAAUAUACUUGGAUUCACCGACAAACAUAAACAGAGAUCCAAUACAAACAAUAAUAAAAACCAACAUGAUUGUGUAGUCAUGCGUGGAGUAUUUGGGUAUAUAUAGAUAUUUUUUAAAUUUAUUUCUUAUAUUAUCUGCUCUUUUUCGAAACGAUUAAAUCCAAGACCAGCCAAAUGUCAAAAUUGUAAAAGUGUCAUCUAAGAUGUGAUGAGCUAAGUGUAGACCAUUGUUUCUUUCCACUGGCUUGCGAACAACAUAUGUUCUUUUUUAAAUCUUGUUUGUUGUGUCAUUUUAGGUGUAUUGAAAAAAAAAACCAAUUCAUUCUGUGUGUAUUUGUACCGCCAGAUAUCCAUAUAUGACAACACUUCAACAAAGUACCUAGCAAUCUUCCUGAACAAUAUGAUGGUAAUGGCGUGUCCAGAAGGCGGGAGCAAGUGCUUCACAAGCCUCAGAGGAUUAUGUCACGUUCAUAUAAGGAUUUGUUAUAUAAAUGGUAAUUAGCUACAGAUUUUGCCCCCCUCCCCCUAAAUAGCAUUGAUAUUUGCUAAGGAACUAUCGUGUUCAUUUCUUGGCAGCCUUUCCCAUAAAUUUCGUCGAAUAAUUUGGUAAAACAGGGCAAGAAGAUUGAAUAAUUAGAAGAAAGAAAAGUUAUCGCAGUAUUUUUAUGCAAAAAGUAUUUUUUAAAGACUUAAUUUCUUUUUUUAAAUCUGUUAGUAAUGACUUUUAACAUCAACGAAGGCAAGAAUAGUGAUUUAUUACUAUAAAGUAUUUCAAUUAUUUCUUAGGAAACGUUUCAAAUAUCGGCGAUAUCACAGGUAAUUUCAAUUUGUGUUUUACUCAGGUGUACUCAAGCUGCAUGCCAACGACACCCUUGAUGUGAGAACCAUGAUAGACGACACAACAAUCCGGAUAGAACCUCACAACACGUCUUAUCUGUCUUUCGUGCUAUUGCAAAAACAAUAAUUUCACAAAUUUACUUUGGGGUAUUCUGUGAAUUAUCAAGUGAACUUCUUUGUUUGGAGUGCCUCAAAUAAGUUAUUCAUUUUACUUCACUGAAAGCCACUAUUAGUAUUUCUCUAUUCGGUAUUAUUUUUAUUAUUAUAUUGAGUUUUGGGCUGGGGUGGGGGGGGGGCUAUACUCUAAUCGAGAAUAUGUAGUCGCAACCGUAUAAUCAACGUAAGGUUUUGCAAAUUGAACCAAAAAUAAUGAUCCGAAUGGAAUGCUUAUAUCUAAAUAAAUUGAGAAUUUUUAGUUUGAUUCAAAGAGGUUUUCCCGUCAGGUUGUACAGAAAACUUUAGUGGUCCAACGCAAUAAUCUAUAUGUAUUUCACCACAACCACCCAGGCUAUAAACCCAGUGACGGAUUAAAGAAACUGCGACAAAGAGGUGGCCAAAGUGCUGAACGGGUUCUCCGCUCCCAGGUCGUCAGUUGGUGGAUCAAACUCGUCGAGAGAAUUGAGCCAGGUCACAUUUCUAAUGGGCUGGCAGGAAAGGGGCAAGUCAAAUUUAAGAAGCCCGCAUCUGAGCCUCAAAGACGUUUAAGCCAGUGUAAGUGUUACAUUUUUUGGUGUAACACGCGAUUGCUUAUGUUAAUAUCAGCACCUGUUGAAACGACUUACAAAUUCUUGGGGAAAAUUUGAUGAGAGAGGAAAAUACCUUUUUUCUUUCUUCUCAUGAGCUUUAGAAAUAUAUCCCUGUUGAGAACAUUAGCUAUUUAUCUGACAACCCAAUGUGAUUGACUGUGUCAUGUCAGUGGAGUAUCUCAUACUUAAUAUAAAAUGUAUAAUAAUAUGGUGAGACUUCUUCUUGUUUUUUACAAAUUUUAUUUCAACUCAAAACUGCCAAUGAUCAAUUUGCAAAAUUAUCAUCUUCAAUAAAUUAAAUGUUACGUUG